UCCUUUUUAAACGGAUAAGCUUCUCCUUCAUCCUCUUCUCUUCUCCCCCAAAAUGGCCGCGACCGGCGUCAAUCUCCUCCGCUUCCCCCUCUCCAAAACCCUUCCCGUUCCUUCUAUUCGAUUUCCACCUCCCUCUCGCCGCUCCUUUCCACUCUCCGCCCCCUCUUUCCGCCCCCUCGCGGCCGCCACCGAACUGUUCGACCGUGCCGAGCCGGCCGUCGUCGACCCCGGCCUCCGUCAGUCGGAGGUAAUCGUCUUCAACUCGGGCUACCACGCACAGAUCGUGGUGGACGAGGCGGAGUCGGAGGAAGCCCUGGUCAGGCGGUUCCGGAGGGAGGUGUCCAAGUCGGGUGUCAUCCAGGAGUACAAGCGGAGGAGGUUCUUCGAGAACAAGCAGGAGGAGAAGAAGAGGAAGGUUCGGGAGGCCGGAAGAAGGAACCGCAGGAGACGAUUUGGGCCAAGAUUUUCAUCACCAUUCUCAGCGGAAGAUGAUUCUGCGCCUCAGAAGGUGAGAGACGACGACAACUGGGAUUUGCCUGAUGGUGUUAUUCCUUACUGAAAGUUACUUGAUCCGCCAGUAAUAUUCAUCUCAACUUAUUUCCCGGUACAAUGUUCAUGAUCUAAAUGAUUCAAUGCUCUCUUUGUAUUCUGAAGAAUGUUUUGAAUUGAUCAUUGAGUGUUUUUACCUGUCAA